AUGUCCUCCAACUCGGCCAACUCGACCCCCGUCUUCAUACCCAACUUCAAGACUUGCGAUGAAGUCAACGAACAAUGUCCUGUAGAGGCGCAGAUGUACGGCGACUACUUUACAAAGUCAGCCUGCAUAUGGUUUACCUUGCUGUAUUUUACGUGCUUCGGCACGCAAAUGUUUUACGCCUGGCGUUCGAAGGCAUGGUCUUACGGCGCAUGGCUCGGCGUCGGAACCGUCUUUGAAGGCAUGGGAUACACGGCUCGCAUCGUCAUGUGCGACGACCCAUGGAACUUUUAUGCCUUUCUAGUUCAAAACCUAGGACUCGUCCUUGCCCCUACCUUUAUUGCGGCGGCCAUCUCGAUUAUUUUCAAGCACCUCAUCGACUGGUAUGGGUCAGAGUGGUCCUUGUUUCGCCCUGCACUGCUACCUUGGAUCCUUGUUGGCAGCGACAUGGUCUCGAUUAUCGUGCAAGGAACUGGUGGCGCCGUAUCCUCCAUGGCAUCUAACAAGAACGGGAAAGAAGCCAAGGAUCUUAUGGAUGUAGGAAAUGGCUUGCUUCUUGGAGGUACCAUUUUCCAGGUCGUCAACAUGGUUGUCUGCGGUGGCAUCAUGGUCCUCUAUCUAUGGAAGAGACAGCAAUCUCUUGGUCGUUUUCGCUCCAGACUGGGUUCCGGGGACCCCCAAGAUAGUAGCAAGUCCUCGGGUGGUCGAGGUAAACACGACUUUGAAGCCACGCUCAAGGUCUAUAUCUGGUCUCUGGUCGUUGCUUACAAUCUGAUUAUCGUCCGAUGCAUUUAUCGUGCUGUAGAGAUGGCUUCUGGCUGGGGUAGCGAUAUCAUGAAGACCGAGACCAUCUUUAUCACGUUUGAAGGCCAGAUGAUUCUUACUGCCGUUGCGGUCCUGACCAUCUUUCACCCAUAUGUCUUUUUCCCGGUGGCUGGUCGUGGAGGUAUUGACAGAGCGCGACGCUCCGUUCACUCGGACAUCCAAGAGUUGAGGCCAAUGAACUAG